AGCACGUAGCUCUGACCUCUGAUAGUAAAUCAAAACCAGCCUCCAUGGAGCGAGCGGGGAACAUUUUGAAGCGAAUCAGCAGCACAGCACUCACACUACAGAAAUUGGCAAGCACAAAGAGCAAUAGCUGCCUCCAUUAUAAUCAGUUUUCUCACUGCAGUUCAUGUAUUAGUCCAAGAUUUUCGUCUCCAGCACCGGUACGAUCACUUGCGAUCGCGACACGUCCUCAGUACAGUGCUUUUAGCAACAGCGCCCAGUUAGAGAUUACGGAAGUGAAAGGCCCACAGCAAGUACCGAAAAAACGCAAGAUGGUGGCAAAAUUAACUGAAGAACAACGCAAAGAACUCCUCCAGCCGCUGCUAGAUGCCGGUUGGACGAUGGUCAAAGACCGGGACGCUAUUUACAAGGAAUAUUUAUUCAAGAAUUUCAACGAAGCUUUCGGUUUUAUGACACGUGUUGCACUUCUGGCGGACAAAAUGGAUCACCAUCCAGAAUGGUUCAAUGUCUACAACAAAGUGCAGGUCACUUUAGCCACUCACGAUUGUGGCGGACUGAGCGAACGGGACGUUAAAUUGGGCAAGUUUUUGGAGGAAGCGGCAAGCAAGUUUUAAACUUAUGCUAAUCUGUGUUGUAUUCAUUUAAUAAAACUUAUUUUAAGUAAUACCACUA